AUGGCCAUGCAACUUGAUAUGUCCAACGCCCAGGUCGCCAAAGACGAGAACGGCCGCCCCUUCAUCAUCGUAAGAGACCAGGGAAAGAAGAAGAGACAACACGGAAACGACGCUGUCAAGUCACACAUCCUCGCCGCAAAGACCGUCGCCGGUAUCGUACGUACCUCUCUUGGUCCCCGUGGUCUCGACAAAAUCCUCAUCUCUCCUGAUGGCGACAUUACCGUCACCAACGACGGCGCUACCAUCCUGUCCCAGAUGGAAAUCUCCAACCACGUCGCCAAAUUGCUCGUCUCCCUUUCUCAAUCACAAGACUCGGAGAUCGGUGAUGGUACUACUGGUGUCGUUGUCCUGGCUGGCGCUCUGCUUGAGCAGGCCGCCGACCUGAUUGACAAGGGUAUCCACCCCAUUCGUAUCGCAGACGGCUACGAUGCUGCUUGCGAGGUCGCCGUCGGCCGCCUGGACGAGAUUUCAGACACCAUGCCCUUCGACAAGAACAACACCGAGAACCUUUUCAAGGUCGCAAAGACCAGUCUGGGAAGCAAGAUUGUCAGCAAAUCGCACGACCAAUUCGCUCAAAUUGCCGUUGAUGCAGUCAUGAGCGUCGCUGAUCUCGAGCGUCGCGAUGUCGACUUCGAGCUGAUCAAGGUUGAUGGAAAGGUUGGAGGUAGUCUCGAGGAUACCCUGCUUGUCAAGGGCGUUAUUGUCGACAAGGACUUCUCACACCCUCAGAUGCCCUCGGAGGUCAAGGACGCCAAAUUGGCCAUUCUCACAUGCGCCUUCGAGCCCCCAAAGCCCAAGACCAAGCACAAGCUUGACAUCACAUCCGUUGAAGAGUUCAAGCGUCUGCAAAACUACGAGAGCGAGAAGUUCGCCGAGAUGAUUCAACAGAUCAAGGACACCGGUGCCAACGUUGUCAUCUGCCAGUGGGGCUUCGACGAUGAGGCCAACCAUCUCCUGCUCACCAACAAGCUCCCCGCUGUACGAUGGGUUGGCGGUCCCGAGAUCGAGUUGAUUGCCAUUGCCACAAACGGAAGAAUAGUACCGAGAUUCGAGGAUCUCAGUGCCGACAAGCUGGGAACCGCCGGCAUCGUGAGAGAAAUGAGCUUUGGUACCACCAGAGAGAAGAUGCUCGUCAUCGAGGAGUGCGCAAACAGCAGAGCCGUCACCGUCUUUGUGCGUGGUAGCAACAAGAUGAUCAUCGACGAGGCCAAGCGCUCGUUGCACGAUGCCCUUUGCGUCGUCCGCAACCUGGUUCGCGACAACAGAAUCGUCUACGGUGGCGGUGCCGCAGAGAUCGCCUGUUCGUUAGCAGUCGAGGACGCCGCCGUCAAGUCUCCUGGUCUUGAGCAAUACGCCAUGCGCGCAUUCGCAGACGCCCUUGACAGUGUCCCCAUGGCUCUUGCCGAGAACUCUGGUCUCAGCCCCAUCGAGACUCUGGCUUCGAUCAAGAGUAGACAGGCCAAGGAGGGCAACUCAAGAUUGGGCGUCGACUGCAUGCAAACCGGAAGCAAUGACAUGAGAGAAAACUUCGUUAUCGACCCCCUGAUCUCCAAGAGACAACAACUUCUGUUGGCCACACAGCUCUGCCGUAUGGUCCUCAAGGUCAACAACGUCAUCAUCGCCGGAAGCGACGAGAACGACUUCUAG